AUUCACUUGUGCUCACAUUGUGUCAGUUCCCGCUUCGCUGCGACGUCACAUACUAGCAAAAUGAACUUUCUGGUCCUGACCGUGCUGGUCGCGGCGCAGCUUGUGGCUGCGAGCAGCGGCCCGGCUCCGACGGAGCAGACGCGCGCCCGCCGCAGCUUCCAGCACUAUGCGACCCCGCAGCUCUACGGCAACGGAAAUCAGUACUACACGUCGCAGACGGGGUACGAGGUGUCGCCACAGCUGUACUCCGAGCAGAUCUCCCCCAAAUAUUACAACUCUAGAACAGUGUCUCAGGGUUCCGUAUACCGGCUGCCCUCCUCCUCUACAUACUACCCCUCCUCGCAGACGUACACGCAGUACACAUCUGCGCCGCGCGUGCAGUACGGAGUGCAGGCGGCGCCGGCAUACGCGCAGGUGUCCGCGCGUGCCCUCUACAACGCGGAGCACACGGAGCACGCCUCCUCCUCCUCACACUAUCGUCUGCAGGCCGCCGUGCCCGCCGCUGUCUCCUACGCUCAGCCCUCAGCGCAGUACGCGCAGCCCUCCGUGCAAUAUGUGCAGUCAACAUCCCAGUACGUUCAGCCCUCCUCCGCGCAAUACAUUCAGCCCUCCGUGCAAUACGUGCAGAACACCGCACAGUACGCGCAACCCUCCUGGCAGCAGGGAACAUGGACCGCCAACAACCCGUGGUGUUGACGACCCUUUUAUAUAAGAUUUAAGAAAUAAAAUUAUUUUACAAAAUUUUGUUCGCAUUCUUAAA